GGUGACGUAAUGACGCAGUUUUCAAACUUUUCAACCUGUUUCAAACCGCCGAGUAAACGAACGCGCUCUCCUCUUGUACACAUGGCUGUUGAUUGAGCGACAGUCGUGAGCGUAUUUUGAUAUCAUCUCCUAAAGUCUCCCUCUUGUUGUGAAUGGGAGUGCUUCUUCUAAUAUCCUAGUUCAGCGCCAGGACUACGGUCCACCCUUUUUUGGGGUGCUUCGAGCGUCAACAUGUCCAACCGUGUGCUGAAGAAGUUGCAAGGGGGCAACGAUUUUGGUAAGCUCGACGCCCAGUCAGACACUGAAGAUGAAGCUCCUGCCGGUUCAGAGUCGAACGGGACCAAAAAGAAGACCAAGCAGCAGCGAGCCGCCAACCGCUUCGAGUUGCUCACAGGGCUGGGCGACCAGUCCCUUUCGGACACUGCCAAGGAGGACGACGACCGCGAGAACGAGCCACCAGCCGGCCCGGCGCCCUCAUCGGCACACACAGCCCAAGAGGGCGCCCCGGAGGAGUGCGGUGGAGUAGCCUCGGACGAAGGCCGCAGGGGCCGCCUGGAGAAGCAGGACUCGACGCAGAGCACGGACAGCCUCAAGCGCAGGAAGAAGAAGAAAAAGAAGAAACAGCUCAACAGCCAGCACAGCCACGAGGACAGGCUGCAGGCAAAGCAGGCGGCGGAGGAUGAGGUGACCGCAAGCGUUCGGGAGGUGAACCGGAUGCUUGGCGAGCCGCAGGGUGGUGCCCAAGUGACGCCGGAGACCACCGGUGGAAGGAGCGAAAGGAGCCUGCUCUGCGUGGACCCGCGGCAUCUGAACCCCGAAAACGAGAUGAGGCGCAUCUUCGGAUCGAGAGUCGUCCAAUCGGAGCAGGCGAAAAAGCGUGGCCGGGGUGGGCGUGUUUACGGCAGAUCUGGCAUCCUGGUGCAAGGUCGUAACUGGUCGCACAUCGGAAAGCCAGGCAUAAGCAUGGAACUGGUGGAGACAAGGGGCGAAGUGCAUCACUUUACCUUCGAGCACAGCAAAGCUUACCAGGCCAUCCAGUUCCAGUUCCUGGAUGCCGUCGAGACCUUCAACCCAGACAACAUUGUGGCCCUACUGAACAUACACCCGCUGCAUGUGGACUCUCUGAUUCAGUUCAGCGACGUCUGCAAGAUGGGCGAAGACCUACAGAUGGCCGCCGAGCUCAUUGAGCGUGCCCUCUACUGCCUGGAAAGCUGCUUCCACCCGCUGUUUAACGUGACCCAAGGCACGGGUCGUCUAGACUACCGGCGCCCAGAGAACCGCUCUCUCUUCCUCGCGCUCUUUAAACACCUUCACUUCGUCGGCCAGAGGGGCUGCCCCAGGACUGCCCUCGAGUUCUGCAAGUUGCUCCUCGGGCUAGACCCAGAGAACGACCCGCUGUGCGCCACCCUGAUGCUGGACUACUUUGCACUGCGGGCAGACCAGUAUCAGUACCUGGUACGCCUGUACCAGGAGUGGGAGCCCUCCCGGAAUCUGUCCCAGCUGCCCAACUUCGCCUUCUCGGUGCCCCUGGCCCUCUUCCAGCUGGCCAGGGCGCAGAGGGACCACCAGGGCGGCGCCACGGGGGCGCACGCGGACCGCCACGCCGGCACUCCCGUGUCGGAAGAAGACGCAGACCGCAUGCUGCAAGACUCCCUGAUAAUGUUCCCGGGCGUGCUGACUCCGCUACUCGACAAAUGUGGCAUCCAGCCGGACGCCGAAGUGAGCAAGCACCACUUCUUUGGGCUUGCAGCGCAGGCACAGCAGUCCCCCGCCCUGAGCCAGUUGGUGUCCCUGUUUGUUGGGCGCCAUUUUGGGCUCUGGAAGGAGCCCGAGGUGCUCGCCUGGCUGGAGCGCAACGUCCGCGUGGUCCUGCAGAGGGUCGACCGGGGGGACCCCCUGGUGGCAGACUCUGAGGCCAAGAGGAAGAGGCGCUACCAGGGUGCCACCCCUCGCAACAUCUCCCGGCACAUUCUCCUCUCCAACAUCAAGGAAGCUAAUCUCACCUUGCCACAGGACCUCGCCAAUGCCCCCAUCUUCGGCUUCGACCCACUGCCCCCCGUCGACAACAUUGUGAGCUACACCAGGCCUCCCAGGACUGUGCAGGUGACUGACCAGAGCAUGGUGAGCGCUUUCUUUCGGUCCCUGCUGCCCAGCUUCAACUUGCCCAGGGAAGUGGUUGGCAUUGCGGUGGACGACCGGCUAGUUCCUGGCAACGACGACGGUGACCUCCAGCACGAAGACAUCGGCGGUGCCGCCGGCGCAGCCAACGACGGGGCGCCCCACGUGGUGGAUGCGGGCGACCUCCGCCGCAGCGUCACCUCCCUGCUCGAGGCGAUGCGCGAUCUCCUCAACAACAUCCACCUACCGUCGGACGCGCCCAACGACGGAGACAUGGACAGCGACGACGAGCACGAGGACUGAGGCGCGAGGGUGCUUCGUGACGUGGAGGAACGCGACGCGGAAGCCCUCGCGUUUGAGCACACUCCGAAGGGACCCGGUCCCGGCGCGGCGUGUUCCUCGUCGUUGUUUCUGCUGCUCCCAAGUUCUUUGCGUUUGUGGAACGUCCUCUCUUUCCCGGUGACGCCACCCGCACCGACCAGGACAUUCCGCCGAACCCGGCGCCACAUGGAGACUGAGAUGCGGAACUUGGUUGCUCCCACCCACUAAGCGUGUUUGUCAUGGCUCUGAGGUGUUGCUAGUCGACUAAGGAGAACUUGAAUGGGUCCCGUGUCUUCGGUCGUGUUUUUGGCCGUGUCUUUGCCUGGGGCUUCAGCCGUGUCUGGACGUGGCUUCGGCCGUGUCUUAGGGUUGGUGUCAGUCUGAGGGGAGCGAGGAAGGUGGCGUGGCAUUAUAUUUCACCAUGUCGCGUUGAUCUGUACCGCCACGUUUAACCGCGUCGAUUGGUCGGUUGAGUACAAAUUGACCCGCCUUUUCUUCUCCGAUUGGUGGAGGAGGCCGACAUUGAUAUUAUGCAACACGCCAGGAUGUGUGCUUUAAAAAUAUAAUAAUCUGUUUGUGCACGCCGACGAGAGCGCUGUACGGCUCCUCGGCCAUUGUUUUUGGAAUGACUUUGUUAUGCAGGCAGUGCCGGUAAGCUUUUAACUUUUUGGAAGGAAGCCGCCUCUCCAUUUGCUGGCAUGGUGGGAUGGAAUUCCACAACCAGAGAAUGGCAUACUCAAGAUCUUCAUCAGAACCCGAAACGAGAGAAGCCUUAUAACGCUCGCCGUUUUAUUUUCUCUGCCCGUUGAAUGUGUUAUUGUGCAAUAUAUACCUACGUCUUUGCGCAUUUCAAUGCUUUGUUUCGGUUACGAGAGUGUACUGUGGACCAUUAGUCGCUCGUUGUCCCAAAAAAUUUAAAAAGAAGUAGCUCGAUCUGUGAUCGGCUCGUUUUUUAAGACUGCUAUUACCGAGCCACGCUGGGAUAACAGCGCGUGCCUUGCACCGAUCAACAGUUUGCAUUUUUCGUGGUGCCUGCAGCAUUUGUCUCGCAUGUGCCGUGCCCGGCAUUGUAAGACAAGCUUUCAGGGUGGCCAACCUUGCUGCCAUUUCAAUGCUUAAGAUGGUGAAAUGAGGUCAGGUGAGCCGGGCACUGCGAAUAGUCACCAAGUCGUCGGGCCAUAAGACAGCAGGAGGGAAGGUGUUCAUUUUUCAAUGUCACUUGAACAGUUUUGAUUGCACCACAUAGUUUAAUCAAACCUUGCCCUUUGGGCAGAGUUGCCCUUUUGUUGUUUUUCCCAAAUGUGGAUCCGGCUCGAAAGCUGACGGCCAUCGCGCAUCUCUGUUGUAAGGUUGUCUGUCACUUCAUUUUCUUGAAGGAAGCGCCAUCUUUUACAUACUGCCAAAUCUUUGUGAACAUGCAGCACGAUGCUCCAGAGGCAUGGAUGUACGUCUCAACAACAUUCAAGGAAGGAAGUUGUUUUUUUCACACAACUGUUCUCUGGGUUCUGUUGAUCCCAGAUAUGGCAUUAGUCCUUAGAUAGGUAUGUUAGAUCUGGAGCUAUUGAAAACAGAAAUGUUCAAAUAAUUUCCUACCGAACCUUGCAGCACACUUUCCCGUAACAGCAACAAACGAAAAGUGGGUGGCCAUAAUACCAAUGACUUCAUUUAGCCGGUGAUGCCAAGUUUAUUGUGUUGAAAGCACGUCAUUGCGGUUUGGAAGCCUUCAAAUUUUAUGUAUAUUUCUCUAAAAUUAUGGUUAAUUGCAUUCCCAAAAUUGGGGAAAGUAAAACAAAUGGCAUCACAGAUUAUAAAUCUAUUUGGAAUUCAUCUAAUAAUAAAAAGUGUAUGAUUGUCACCGGAAACUAACGGUGGAAACCUCAUCUAAAAGCAUGUCGACUUCAGUUCGCUGUACUUACACUUGGACAAGAAUUCUUAGACAGUCCUCUGCCCACACACUUUGGAUAAUAACUUGCGGAGCGAGAGUCUCGUCACGUUUGUUCUUGACUGUAUCUGUUCAGCAGAAAUAUGGCCUGCUGAUUGUUGCCCAUGUGCUACACGAGCGUAUGAGACUCAAUGUGCCAUUGGCAGGAGCGCUCCGAAUGCCUCUGCAAGUUGGGACCCGAGUUGCACGCAAUAAAUGUUGCUGGUUGCACUGCUCCCGAAACAUUGCUGGUCCAGUACUUGUGGCGAUCACGCAUUCUCUUUUGUGUUUGUUAAAAACCGUGCAUAUAACAUCACGAGCAAGACUAAUUAUUCUGGCGCAAGAAAGCUGUAAUGGAUUAUGGCAAUAAAUUGCAGUUCCACAUAA